UGUGAUGUCACCAGUGUUGUGGCAACACCAACUGUCAUUGGGGCAUUUAUGCAGUGUCUCGUGUUUCACCUACAGACAUGCUGUCUAGACUGAACAGGAUUCUUGGGAGACAGGAUGGCGAGCACAGGGAAACCAAAGGGACUACUAGGAAGGCAUCAUCCACACCCUUCUUCCUCACUGCACAGGAGGAGCAGCUGAACCAGGUGGAUAAACUGACCCUUCAGCUACAGAUGAUGACCAAUGAGAGGAAUGAACUGCUGGAACUCCUGGCCCUUUAUAACAACAAUGAGUUGAACAACAGGCUGAAAUCUGAGCUGGAGAUGCUGAAAACACAGCAUAAGAAGGAGAUGUCAGAUAUAAAGAAAUUCCCCAAGGAGAUUUCUGAGGCUUCGUACAAGUGCAAGGAGCUGAGUGAGCAGAUCAACUCCUACUGCACCCUCUACUGUCAGCUCCUGAGUGAAUGGACUCAGCUAAAGGAAAAAGUGAGCAUGUUGAAAAAGAACAACAGAAAGCUGCAUGGGGAGCAGAUUUCACUACAAGAGUCCUGCAAGGAGGCAAGGAGGCUCUGUGAGGAGGCUCAUGAGAAGAUCUAUGACUUCUGCACAAAGCAGCAGCAGGUAGGUUGAAGCAGCAGGGCCAAGAUGCCCACUUGUCUAACCAUACACACACAUACACACACACCCAUGUAACCAUCUUCUCACUUAUCCAACUGACCCAUCCCAUCAAAUAGUUCAUUUCUGUGAUCAUUCACAAGUCUUUCUGGGGAGUUAGCCUCUUGGAAGGCACUGCAUGACUGCCAAGGAAUCCUACUGCUCUGCUAGAAGCUGC